UAUCAGGAAAAAUGUUAGCAGUAAAUUUUGAGAAAGGCUCAAGAAACUUAGUUCCCUUAUGUUGCAUUAAAAUCUCAGUCUUUGUAACAGUUGUACAGUUUUUGGCUUUCUGAAACUAAAGUAGUUACAGACUUAUAAUUUGUAUUCUCCUCUUUCAAGUUUCUAGCUGAAUUGAAUUAUUAGAUUCUAAAAUUGUUAUUGUUCAUAAUAUAUAUAUAUACUGAAUGUAAAAAGAUAACAGAAUUGUCAAGGAAGCAUGGCUAGUUUUGAAAAUGAUGAGCUGCAGAAGAUACCAGAAGAAACUGAUGCACAACCAUAUCAUGAAACUUUGCAUUCUAAAUUUCAAAGGCUUUUAUCCGGGAAACAAAGUGCAUCAGUUUCUAUUCCCAUGGAGUCAUAUGAGGUAGAAACUAGUAUCGUGGGAGAUAGCGGUUCAUUAUAUGCUACAUCAGAAAGUGAUAAUCUUAUGCAGCAUAGUAUAGUUGUAACAGGAAACAUAGCACAGGAGAGCACAGAUGAAUUUUCUAUUGUUGACAGCACGGCUUCAAAGUACUGGCAUAAAAGCUAUGAUAGCAUAAAUGAACAUUUACUGAGAUCUGGGAAACUGGGAAUUUGUAAUGAUCCUUAUUGUACUACUUGUCCUUCUUACUUCAAGUCUUCUCGGCUAAGAAAUCCAAAAGCUUGUAAUAUACCUGAUCCGAAGUUUCAGAAUGCUCUUAAUGGGGAUGCCAAAGUAUUUGCAAGAAAAUUUUGUUCUCUGUGUUCAUCUUUUGUUCCUGGAGUUAUGAAUCCUCACUCUAAAUUCAUACAACAAUGGAACAAGGUUCUUGCCAGUUUUUGCUUGGUUGCAAUUUUUGUGGAUCCAUUAUUUUUCUUCUUACUCUAUGUUCGGCAGGAUCAUAAUUGUAUAGUUAUCAACUGGAAAUUGACAAAAGCACUUGUCAUAGUUAGAACCAUGAAUGACUUCAUAUAUUUCCUUCACAUUCUUCUCCAGUUUAGGUUGGCUUUUGUUUCUCCUGAGUCGAGGGUGGUUGGUGCUGGAGAUUUAGUUGAUCAUCCAAAAGAAAUUGCAUUUCAUUACCUUAAGGGUUAUUUUCUUGUUGACUUGUUUGUUGUAUUUCCUCUUCCUCAGAUCAUGUUAUUGUCUGUACUACCAAAAUCAUUGAGGGGAGCAAAUUAUGCUAAGAAUGUUCUGCGUGCAGCGAUCCUAGUGCAGUAUAUUCCCAGAUUAUUCAGAUUUCUGCCUAUGCUGUUUGGUCAGUCUCCAGCAGGAUUCAUAUUUGAGUCAGCAUGGGCAAAUUUCAUUAUAAAUCUUCUCAUUUUCAUUCUAGCUAGCCAUGUUGUUGGCUCUAUCUGGUACCUAUUUGCUCUACAGAGGGUUAAUCAAUGUUUUCGAAAUGCGUGCCAAAGUUCUCAUAUCCCUGGAUGCCUGGCAUUCAUUGAUUGUGGACAUAGCCAUGUUGGGGACAAUCGGCUUGGCUUAUCAUCAAACCAGUGGAACAACAAUGCAGAUGCUAUUGCAUGUUGGAAUUCCUCUUCCAGCGGUUCUUUUUCUUAUGGGAUUUAUAACAAUGCUGUACCUCUUACUACACAAGCAGACAUCGUCACCAAAUACAUAUAUGCUCUAUUUUGGGGAUUACAGCAAAUCAGUACUCUGGCUGGUAACCAAACACCAAGCGACUUUGUGUUUGAAACCCUUUUUACUAUAGCCAUCAUAGGAUUGGGACUUUUUCUUUUUGCGCUUCUCAUUGGAAACAUACAGAACUUUCUUCAAGGUCUUGGACGGAGGAGGCUAGAAAUGCAACUUAGACGCGGUGAUGUUGAGCAAUGGAUGAGUCAUAGGCGCUUGCCAGAAUACCUCAGAAGGAGAGUACGACAGGCUGAACGGUAUAGUUGGACUGCAACAAGGGGGGUGAAUGAAGCAACGCUAAUGGAGAAUUUUCCAGAAGACCUCCAAGUGGAUAUAAGACGCCAUCUCUUCAAAUUUGUUAAGAGAGUUCGAAUAUUUGCUCUGAUGGAUGAACCUAUCCUAGAUGCCAUUUGUGCGAGACUGAGACAAACUACUUGCAUUAAAGGAAGUAGAAUUUUGAGUCAAGGUAGUGUGGUAGAGAAGAUGGUAUUCGUGGUGCGUGGUAAAUUGGAGAGUAUAGGAGAAGAUGGUACUAGAAUUCCUUUAUCUGAAGGGGAUGUUUGUGGUGAAGAACUUCUGACAUGGUAUCUUGAGCACUCUUCUGUCAGCGCAGAUGGCAGAAGAGUAAGGCUUCCAGGACAGAAGUUGCUUAGCAACAGAACAGUAAGAUGCUUAACAAAUGUGGAAGUACUUUCACUCCGAGCAGAAAACCUUCAAGAAGUCACAAUCCUUUUUACAAGAUUCUUGCGUAGUUUGCGUGUUCAAGGAGCCUUAAGGUAUGAAUCACCUUAUUGGAGAUCCCUUGCAGCAAUCCGCAUUCAGGUUGCAUGGAGAUACAGAAAGAAACGCUUAAGUCAUGUUAAUUCAGACUUUCAAAAUAAACAUUGAGAUUGUGAUUUGUUAUAGAUUAUAUGGAGAUCUGUGAGAAACUAGAGGUGUGAAUAAAGGAUGAAUAAGAUAACAUGAUUUUUUAACACUUUCUCCCCAAAUUUGCAAAGGUUAAAUUGGAUUGGCAAUUUCAUGCUAAGUUUAUCAGACUUGA